AUGCCGAUCUUGUUGAAACGCGCUGACCCGCGCGGUCAGGAACGAGCUCGCAAGCUCGGGCGCGCGAGUAGCCGGGGGCCGGAGGCCCCUAUCGUAGUAUAUAACGACCCCGCGCGAUGUACGUACCGCACGCGAUUGUCCCUCACGGGCAUCGCUACGCUCGUGGACAAACGCGCCCCCGCGCCGUCGCACCGGUUGUUCCAACAGAUCUGCCAGCAGAGCGGACAUCUGGAAUAUGAUCCCAUUACUGCCCAACUCGCCCUAGGAUCCUCGCCAAUCCAACAUUACGUCUAUGCCUUUGAGCAAACCGUACCUGCCCACACUUACGCCUUCGUCGGCUCUGUCUCCGUGGAGUUCAAUCCAGAGGAAAAGCGUACCGUUCUCUUUCUUAUGAUAGCUGAGGAAUUAAAUCGAAUGCAUGGUGAUGGGGCGCCGCGCUGGUUCACGCACAAUCUCCUGGAGCCUCUGAACAUUGCUGGGAAAAUGAGUUGGGAGAAGCUGAAGGAGUCCUUUGGAACAAUUAAUGAAGAAUAUAUCGCGAAGAGGACCAGCAUGCUUCGGUUGGGUCGCGAGUGGGCCAAAGUCGAAAAUGAGAUCAUUGUGAUAGUAAAACGUGAAGAGAUCGCUGCAAAAGCACGAAACCGCAAGAGUCCCCCAGACAGUGCGAAGCCCAUUAAUUACCGUGCCAUACAGGUUUCGGAUCGACCAGACGCCGUGCACAAUGGGCGCCCGUGGUCCCUCUCUGCGCCAUCUGUGGCUAUCUGGCACCCUGUUUUCGCCCGCUUUAUGCGAGAGAUCUCGGAAAGAGCACCAGUCGACUCCGAUGAGCUUAAGAACGCGUUUAAUUUUGUGACUGCGGCUUUGAUUUUGUAUCCGAACAAAAGCGAGAGGAUCGAAGGGUUGAGCCCCUACAUGCAACCUCUCAUCCACAGCGACGUGCUUUCGUGCAGGCAAGUGCGUCUCGAUACUUCGACUAUCAUGCCGGACGGUCUCAUUUAUGCUUCGUGCAUACCAAACUUGGCGGUGAAGCUAAUCACGGAAGUGAAGAAUGAGGUUGGAGAGGGCGGCUGCGAUCCGACGGUGCAAGCAGAGUGCUGCUACGUAUCGUUGCACGCUUCGAACAAGUAUAGACUGCUCCGCCAGAUGUCUUGCUGUCCUACAUUCCUCAUCGGCAUCUUAGGGCCAUACCUCCAGGUGUCGGGUGCUGUCUUUGCUGACGGCUUCGUCAGCCAACGCCUAACGGAAUAUAUAUAUCUUGGGCCUACUGCUGCCAUCUCGGGAUCGCCCCUUGACACAGCCGUGCUCAAGGUGGCACACCUGUUCCGCGUCCUCAAGGGCUGCCUUGCCGACCUUGAUGUCCAUUACACUGGCUUGCGGCUUGCGAGGCCCGAGCGAGCUGCUGCGCAGUCGACACCCCCCGUCAUCAUCAGCCCCCAUUUCGACUCGUUCCAAUUCGAGGGACAGACUGUGCUGCUGCAAUACAAGGAGCACAUGGUCCGGCGGGCUGAGCGGGCGAUUUUCCGGGCCAUCGCACAGCGCGGCACGGAGGAAGACGAAGUCAUCGUCAAGUUCACGUACAUAUACGGGAAGAGGGGGCACCAGCUCCUCGCUGCGAAGGGUCUCGCGCCGCAAUUAUGGUUCUGCGAGCAAGUCCCUGACGUCGGCGGUCUGUGGGUCGUGGUGAUGGACUACGUCGAGGAGAGAGAACAGGAAGGCGGCCCGCUGUACGUCGGCAGGCUUACAGAAGCGGUCGAGGAGCUACACUCCGAGGGCCUGGUGUUCGGAGAUCUGCGGGAGCCGAACGUUAUCGACACCGACAAGGGAUUGAUGCUCAUCGACUUUGACUGGUGCGGCCAGGAGGGCGAAGCUAGAUAUCCGCCGACGAUCAACACAAGUGACAUUAACUGGGCAAAGGGUGUAGGUGCAGGAAAUCCAAUCCAAAAGGAACAUGACUUGCACAUGCUUCGGUCUCUCUGUAGCCAGUAG